UGGAGUAAAUGAAGGGCGUAUGAUGAGUGCUGUGGCAAGACUGUGAUCUACAUCAGUGUCUUGAUGCGUUCUGCUCCAGUACAAAGUGAAAUCGGAUAUGAAGUUUGCGGUACCAGCUGAGCUGCACUGCUGACCUGUUUAUUAUUCUGGGCUGCAGCGUCUAAAUUUGCAAGAACACAUCCAACACGUCCGCUUGAUCCUGCAGAGGUUACUGGAGAACCACCUCUUUGUUAAAGCCGAGAAGUGUGAAUUCCACAACUCUUCCGUCUCGUUCCUGGGGUUCAUAGUGGAGAAGGGUCAAAUGCGUGCCGAUCCCGCCAAGAUCCCUUGCAGAGGUUCUUGGGCUUUGCCAACUUACAGACGAUUAAUUUGUGAAAACAGUACCAAGGCUGAACCUCACACAAGGCUUACAUCGGUUAAGGUUCCAUUUGAAUGGACCACUGAGGCAGAAAGCGUGUUUGUAUUACUCAAAAGGUUAUUUACCAGUGCUCUGGUGCUCACACAUCCUGACCUCUCUCUUCAAUUGUUUGUAGAGAUGGACGGGUCCGAUUCAGGAGUGGGAGCCAUCCUGUCCCAGUGGUCCCCAGUCGACCAGAAGCUACACACAUGUGCAUUCUUCUCGCGUCGCCUCAUACCUGCAGAGGGGAAAUACGAUGCGGAUAAUAGGGAGCUGUUGGCCAUUGUUCUCACAUUGCAGGAGUGGAGACAUUGGCUGGAGAGUGCAGCCGUUCCUAGUUCUCACCGAACAUAAGAACCUCGCCUACAUCCGUGCUGCACAGACUUAAUUCCCGCUAUGCACGUUGGGACCUGUUCCUGACUCGUUUUAACUUCUCCAUUACUUACAGAUUCGGUUCUCGCAGCAUCAAGCCGGAUGCCCUCUGCAGAAUCUACAGUCCUGCCAUAGAUAAGUCCAGCCCCUGACCUGUCAUACCUGUGGGCCGUGUAGUCUAAGCUGUCAAGUGGGAGGUGGAGUGAAGGGUGCCGGAUGCAGCUGGACGCACCACCAUACUCGAGGGAUGUUCCCCGGGAGGCUGUUCGUUUCGGCCGAACUCAGGUCCGAGGUGCUGCAUUGGGGGCACGAGUCGAAAUUGUGUGUCAUCCGAGCGUAAAGCAGACACACUUUAUCAUUGCCCAAAGAUUCUGGUGGCCAUCUUUGAACACGGAGUUCAUUGCUGCUUUCUCCAUCUGUGCAAGGCCCUCAUCGCCCUCCGUCAGGACUUUUGCUACCUCUACCCAUCCCCCGUUCAAGAAGAAACACGGUGGUACUGACGGUGGUGGACCGACUUUCCCAAAUUACUUAUUUAAUUGUCCUGGCCAAGCUUCCCUCAUCUCAGUGUGGAAACAGCUCAGCUACUCAUCAAGCACAUCUUUCAUGGCAUACCCACCGACUUGUUUACUGACAGAGGACCACAGUUCAUAUCCCUGCUCUGGAAGGCUUUCUGCAAGGCGCUGGGAGCAUCAGCGAGCCUGUCUUCUGGUCAUCACCCUCAGUCCAAUGGACAAACGGAGCGAGCCAACCAGGGCUUGGAGGCCAUGCUGCGCUGCAUGUGUCACCGCCAUCCUUCAUCUAUCUCCCCUGGAUCGAGUACGGCCACAACACCCUUGCCUGCUCGGCCUCAUGUAUGUCACCCUUCAAAACUGCGGAUGGUUCAACCUCCUGGUUCCCUUCCCAAGAGUCCGAUAUCUCUGUGCCAUCCAUCCAUCACCACCUGCGACGGGCUCACCGAGUGUGGCGGGACACCCGUGCUGCCCUGGGACGAAUGGCGACGGAAACACACAUCUGGCGGAUUGGCACAGGAUCCCCUCACCGGAUUACCGCCCGGGUCACGAGGUGUGGCUUUCGGCAUGUGAUCUGAAACUUGCUGGUGUCUCCAGGAAGCUGGCACCAAGGUUCAAGGGUCCCUACAUGAUAGAGGCCGUCAGCAACCCGGCAGCAGUAAGGCUCAAACUGCCUCCCAGUCUCAAGGUCAACCCAGUCUUCCACGUCUCCAGCCUCUAGCUAGUCGCUACCUGCCAGCUCAGCCCUCCGGUCGAGCUUCCUCCUCCUCCAUGGGUGAUCGAUGGCCGAGAGGUAUUUACGGUGAAGGCACUGUUAGACUCCAGAAGAAGGGGUAGGGGUGUACAAUACCUGGUCGACUGGAAGGGAUAUGGACCAGAGGAAUGCUCCUGGGUCUGCCGCUCCUGGAUCUGCGACCUCUCUCUCAUCACUGAGUUUCACGCACAUCAUCCAGGUAAACCAGGAGCAAUCGCUCUUGCCGAAGGACACUUCGACAUGAUCAGUGGAGGAACGAUCCCACAACCGUCAGGUUGGGAGACAACCACCCUUCCACCUGAGCCACGUCACCUCGGGAGCUGAGUAGGUUCUCAAUAAAUGGUGACGCCAUCUCCAAAUCAGCAAAACCACCCGACAGUAACUCCAAACUCCGCCUCCCACAACCACGAGCCCCAUGUGACCCAUCAGCGGCAGGGGUGAGGCCUCGGGUGCACUUGUUUUCAAGGGUCCAGCUUCCUCAGUACCAGGAGGACAAGGCUUGUGCGGAGGGACAGGUGACGCGUGGGGUUGAGACCAUGGACUACCAUCAAAAACUGGCGGAAAAACUCACCAUCCUAAAUGAGAGAGGGAACGGGGUGCUGAUACGCAUGAACUACAUCAAGAAGUUGUGUGCAGAUGUCAAGCUGCGGCCAGCCAUCCUUACAGAUAAGUCAAUGGAAGCUGCCAUCAAAUAUAUCAACAAAAAGUUCCCAAACAUUGAUUUCCGAGGAAACAUACAAAACCUAACCAGCAUCCAGCGGCAAAAGUCUGAUGUGAUGGAGGCCACAACAAGCUACUACGACUCUUUUCUAGACGUCAUAGAGUUCAGGGACCACGUCUAUGAGUUGCUGAACACCAUAGAUGCCUGCCAGUGCUUCUUUGAUAUUGCUGUAAACUUUGACUUCACCAAGAGCUACUUGGACCUGAUCAUCACUUAUGCCUCAGUUAUCAUCACCCUCGCUCGCAUCGAUGAGAAAAAGGCUCUGGUGGGCAUGUUCAACUGUGCUCAUGAGAUGAUGAAGGGCAACAGUGACCCCUCCUACCCACGCCUCAGCCAGAUGUUUGUGGAAUACGAGCAUCCCUGGAAAAAGCUCACUGAGGAGUUUGGACCUCACACCAGGUCAGUGACCGCAGCACUGCUGUCUCUGAGAAUGAUCUACCCAAGGAGGAACCUACCGGCCGAACAGUGGCGGAAUGCCCAGCUCCUCAGUCUGCUCAGUGCUCCGGCUACUAUGUUGGAUCCGGCCUGCUGUGACACUAUGGCUUGUGAAUAUCUGCCUUUGGAGGUAAUGGAGCGCUGGAUCAUCAUCGGCUUCCUCCUGUGCCACAGCAGCCUGAAUAGCAACCAAGCUUCCCAGGAGCUGUGGAAAAUGGCUCUGCGGAGCGGCUUGUACAUCACCCUCACCAGAGACGAGCUGCUCAGCAUACACAAAGUCUCUGAAGACCUCUUUGACAACAUCAAAGGAUACGGCAAGCGUAUUGCAGACGUCAAGGAGUGCCGCGAUCAUGUCAUAGCUAACAGUGGGGUACUACACCGAGAGAGGAGACACUUCCUUAGAGGAGCCAUGAAGGAAUUAGUGAUGGUCCUGGAAGAUGAACCAGGGCUGCUGGGACCAAAGGCUCUCUUUGUCUUCAUGGCCCUGACGUUCUCCCGUGACGAAGUCCUGUGGCUGGUGCGACACUCUGAGAACAUGCCCAAAAUAAAAACACCUGAGGACUAUGUUGACAAUCAGAUGGCGGAGUUGCUCUUCCACAUGGAGAGACUGAGAGGACUCAUGAGAAAAUACUACCACGUCGUCCAGCGUUACCACAUCCAGUACCUGGCUCAGUUUGAUGCCCUGGUUCUCAAUGACACCAUACAGAACAUGCACGUGUGUCCAGAGGAGGAAUCAGUUCUGCUGAGUUCAUUUGUUUCAACCCUUUCUGUGCUCUCAGUGAAACAAGUGGAGAACAAAGAGGAGUUUGAUUUCAGGGCUGUGAGAUUGGACUGGCUGAGGCUGCAGGCCUACGCAAGUGUGAACAAGGCCCCUUUGUCUAUAAAGGACUACCCAGACUUAGCAAAAGUCAUGAACACCAUCCAGUUUCACACUAAGAUGGUGGACAGCAUUGAAGAACUCCUGCAGGAAACGUCAGAUUUGUCUGUUCUUAGUUUCUUCCCACGAGUAUGUGAGAGAAUGUUUUGCCAGAGCAGUGAGGAAAUGACUAUGAAGCGAUACCUGAUGGCCUUCCCUUCUGUUUGCUCCCACUUCAACCAGUGUGGACACCCUUUCUGCCCUGAAGAGGAGGAGGCGAUAGAGAAGAGGAGCCUGCGCCUGUGUGUGACCUUCCUGGAGCACAUAGCCAAGCAGACCAGUGCUGUUAUGUUGGAGAUAUGUGCUGAACAGUGCAACCUCAAUGAGCAGUUGCAGCCCAAACACUGUUCUGAAACCAUCAGCGCAGCUCGCUACAGGAAGCAGAAGAAAGCUGUGCCAAAAAAAGGAGAGGUCCAUAAAGAAAAACCAGGAGCUGAAAGCCUGAGGAAAGACCGCACCAUCACCACCAAUGUGGACAAGAUGCAUCUGAUGCUGACUGAGUUGUGCUCGUCCUACAGCCUGUGCAGCGACAUCGUGGUGCACAGCCACGUGGUCCUUCCCACAGAGUUUCUGCUGUCUCAUCUGGAGAUAUGUCUCUCUGAGAACAUCGUGAGAAUGGCCAAUUACAACCAGGCCACCCUGGAGAUCGCUCGGCCCGUAGACCUCCUGGCAGGGAUAAGGUCUUACACCGCCAGCCUGCACAGCCUGCCUAACUACAUCAACGUGGACGUCGCCCGGCUGGUGAGGAGCGUCCUGAUGCAGCAAACACAGCCGCUGGAUUCCAGAGGGGCACUGACGCUCACAAACAUUUACACAAGCUGGUAUCUGGAGAGUCUCUUACGUCUGGCCAGCAACUCCCUGAUUGUCCACUGUCCCGCCAUGCAGUGCUUUGUCAAUCAAACGUUCGACAACGAACCCACUUUCAGAGCGGAGGAGUUCUCAGAUGUAUCAGACUUGCAAGCUCUGGCUGAGCUACUCGGUCCCUACGGACUCAAGUUCCUGAGCGAGAACCUGAUGUGGCACGUCACCUCUCAAGUCAGCGAGCUGAAGAAACUGGUCAUGGAGAAUAUGGAUGUCCUGGUGCAGAUGAGAAGCAGCUAUGAUAAGGUGGAGGAAAUGGCCAAUCUGAGGAGGAGACUGACAGGAGGAGAGAACCUGCUGAAGAGGAUGACCAUCAUUGGAGUCAUCUUGUCCUUCAGAUCUAUGACGCAGGACUGCCUGAGAGAGGUGCUGCAAAAGCAUUGCCCUUACCUGAUGGGUCCCAUUGAAUGCCUGAAGGACUGCGUCUCUCCUGACACAGACAUAAAGGUGACUCUGAGUGUCUUCGAGCUCGCCUCUGCAGCAGGUAUGACUUGUGAGAUUGAGCCGGCCCUGGUCUCAGCCAUCAGCAGCAUGCAGACAGAUAACACGUCCAUAGACGAGGAGUACAAGCUGUCAUGUUUGCUCCUCGUCUACAUCGCAGUGUCUCUGCCGAGUUUGGCCCUGGACCCUAACUCUUCCUACAGCCGCGAGCAUGGAGGCCACAACAACAACAUCCACUGUUUAGCGUUGGCCGUCAACCAACUUGCUGCGGCUAUGUUCACGGUGCAGAACAAGAACAUCCAGCAGCAUCUGAAAGAGUUUCUGCUGUUGGCAUCUUCCUGUCUGCUUCAGAUGGGACAAAACAUGGAGAAACCUGAGAGCAAAAACAGAGAGUCCAUCUAUCUGCUUCUACACAAGAUUGUGGAGGAGUCUCCGUUCUUGAGCCAAGACAUGCUGGAGAGCUGCUUCCCAUACGUCCUGCUCCGGAACGCCUACAGAGAAGUGUACAAGUCCACCAUCGUCACACUUGGGUGAAGACAUUCUUUGUUUUCUGUAACCUUGAUUUACCAUAAUACUUGUUUAAAUGUGCAUUAAGUUUACAUUGAUGAUAUCCAAGACUGUUUCUACCGGCUUAUUUAUGAUCACUAUCCUUAUUAAAUAUGCUUUACUAGGGGGUGUAAAUGGUACGCCAUAAUCACGGUUCAGUACAUACCUCAACUCCUACUAGCCAAAGGCUAUAUUGCACUGUAUUUGUUUACAGAGUAGAUGCGUGACUGUAUCACAAGGCAGUUCUACUUCCUGUCCUGCACCUAAAGUGUAAACUGUGGAAAUGCUUUGGUACCAAAUAGGCCGUACGGAAAAAUCAGAUUACGAAGCCAUGUACCGCUACACCCCUCUUCUUAACAUGUUGUUGUGGUGCUUUUCUGCCAUCUUAACAGAUUAGUUUCAAAUCACCCCUCAUGAGUUUUUCAUUAUCUUGACAUAUUCUUGCGUGCGUCAGGUCGAUUCUGCAAUAAUGCUCCAUUAAAAAAAACAGCUUGUUUUCUAAGCAUUUUCAGACUGGAAAGUCAUUGAUGCCGAUGUGUAUUAUUUUUUCCAUGAAUAAAGAUCAUAAUUAUAUUUAGUUUGUUUUCUUUUUGGUCCCAAUUCAACAUGUGUUCCUCAUCUACUUACAGGCGUCCUCCGCCUUUCUCUGCCCUCCAAAUCUAUCCUCCCUCCUUGAGCAG